AAUACAUAACAAUAUUACAUGUAUGUGACAGCUUGGAUAUAUACAUGCAGUCUUGCAUAUGUGUAUCAACAGAGACACUAGAAAUCAUUACACAGGAACUGGGAGCCUCAUUAACCCCCUUUUCAGAGGGUUACAGGCUCCCAGGAUAUUUCAGGAUGUUUAUUUUAAUGCGAGAGAAAAAAUUUUUGUCACCUAUCUUGACAAAAUUAUGGAUACCACCAAUCAGACUAACAACAAAUCUAAAGAAGAUAGAGAGAAUCUAAACAGACUAAAUGAUCAGCAAUACAAGAUCAACAAAAUAUGGUUUUUUGUAAUGAAGUCUAUUCUCGUCUACAAUGUUGGAGAGUCCUUUGUUGAAUAUGCACAUAGACCAAGCCAAGUCAGCGACAGUGAUCUGUGCUGUUGGUAUAACAUUUGGACUUGGUGGCUUCAUUCUAUACAGACUGUACUGUAGAUUUAUACAACCGCUGUUCAAGAAAUCACUAAAAAAGAAAAAAUCUCAGAAGAGGAAUGGUUCACAGGAAAUUGAUGGAACAAAAUGUGAAACAAGUAUGGGAAAUUCUAACUCCAAUAAAGCAGAAACCUCAGCUUAUUUCAGUCCUACCACAGGUGUAGCUUUACAUGUUGGAAGAAAAUCUCGUAGCAGGGACAAUCUCAAAAUACAAACAGAAUCUUCACAUGUCAGACAGAGAAAGAAGGUAAAAAGAAGGAAGACCUCCUCAGAUAAAGACCUAACAAGAUCAUUGCCAAUCAAAGUACCUUCUAGUCAAAGUGAACUUAGUAUUAACCAAUUAGUUCAUUCUGCCUCGGAUGUCUCAAACCUAGAUCUAGAAGGGUCACUUAAAGCCAAUGUUAGUCUGCAGUCCCUGACUGAUAGAAACAUGAGAGAAUCACUAAGACAUGCAAACCAUGCAGCACAGUUAUCAGAUGAUUUAAUUAGCCAUUUACCUGAUUCAACAGGUGCUCCUGACAAAGAGGCUAAUAUACAAGUAGAAAUUGAAGAUUUAUCUCAUAAAGAAAACUGUGAUAGUAAGACUAGUAAUAACAGAUACCAUAUAGAACUAUCUGAUGAUUUACUGACGGUCAGUAGUGUGUUACUAACACCACCAUCAGAGGAUGAUGGUCAAGAUAGGUAUCAAGGCACUCAGAUAAAUCAUAAUAAAACCAAUAUUCUGCAGCAACCUUUGUCUUCCUAUAGUUCAGAUUACAACACAGACUCCAAAAAGUCAGGUACGGAUGAUUGUCGGGUGUCCAAUGCCGAUGAAUCAGGUAGUUGCGAUGAAAAAGAUUCAGUUUCCUCUUUACCCAAACUCAGGUCCCCCGAUCGAUUCUUCCGUGAAUCUUUACUUUAUCGUUUACAGGAAUGUCAUAAUGGUGCUGGAUCCAGUAAUUCAUCGUCUUUAGAUUCAUCACCAGAAUUUUCUCCGUAUGCUAGAUACCGUAAGUACAGUAUUGAAUCCGAAAGCCUGUCAGGAUUGGCAACACCAGACAAUGAAAUGUUCAGCUCUGUUUAUGAAGUAGGACGUUCUACAGAGGACCAAUUCUAUCAAUUGGAGGAAGAGGUAGUAGACAUUGAGGAAGAGUUUGCUAGUCUGACCAAUAAAUUAAAUCAAUUAAAGAACAUAGCUUUACAAAGUGAUAGCAGUAGCAUAGAAUAUUCCCCAAGUCAUCCAUUAGCCAAGAAAGCUGUAGAAAUUGUAGAUAAAACUAGAAAUAGACUGAGUCGAUCUCGUAGUUUGUCUGUUAGUAGUACAGAUAGCUCUCCUGCUUGUAAUGGCAGUUUGGAUGUACCUGAUCUGUCGUGGGACUCAGAGGGGUUACAUGGUGAUAAUUCCAACAAAAAUACACCAAGCAGUCGUAGAUGUAGUGAACCAGGAAACUCUUUAAGAAAUAAAUUUCAUUCAAAAUUAUUCAGUAAGGACACAAAUAAUGGAUUUAGCUUUGAAAGUCCGAUGGAAUCAGAUGUUGAAAAAGAUGGCACAUUAGAUAAUAUAUCUACUGAUGAAUGCUUUGAAGUUAAUCUAAGUGAUUGGCCAAAAGAGGAUUUUUCAGACAGUCCUUCACAUUCAAAGUUAAAUUUUUCGUCCUCUGCAAAGGAUUCAUCACACAUGGAUGGUGAGACUGCUACAUCAAGUUCCUCAGCUAAAGAGUCUUCACAGUUAAACAGUAAAUCCAGUAUUAAAAUGUCAUCUGAGGCAUCUUCAAGUAGUUUAUAUGAGAGUGCAAGAGAUUCUAGUCAGAGUCAGGGUCAAAAGUCAAACGGAAUAAAGGAAGAGAAUUAUUGCAAUGGAAAACAGGAAGCUAAUAAUAAUGGAAUUGUACAGAUUUGUGAUAGAGUGCACAUAACAAAGUAUGUUGACAAAGAAUGGAAGGGACAGACAGACAGGGCUAAUACCAUCAGGAGGGCUUACCAAGAAAUACCAAAAGUAACAGGGUGCCAACAUCUAUGCAGAGUAAGGGGAGAUAACUAUUGUGGUUUACGAGGGACAUUAUUUCAGUGCCUUUGUCACGGCAUAGAUAUAUCAAAACAUUGGUCAGAUAUUAACAAUAUUACAGAUAAAUUAAGCAGGAGAUAUAAAGAGAGUAGUUCAGGAUUAAAUCAAUGGACUUUCGCUGGUCGACUUUCAUGUCAGGAUGGUCAAAAGUUAUCUUUGAUGUCACACUGUUUGUCAUUAUUGUUUUCAAAGUUUGAAGAAGCCAAGUCUUUCCAAUCACAAUCUGACCGCGAGCUUUGGACAAUCAACCUUUUGAACUCUGACCCUACUUGUGACCUUCACCUAAUGGAAGGUCUAAAACUGCUGAUGUUACUGAACAUGUUAGAUUUAAAAGAUAAACAAGAUGGAGGAGAAGAUAUUCCAAUCUUUGUAUGGUUGUUGUUUGCUAGAGACACAUCAGAAUCACCUAUAAUGUUUGUAAAGAAUCAUUUAAAUAACCUUGGGGAUAAUGCUGGUAUUGAACAGAUUGAAAUGUUUUUACUGGGUCACACAUUGAGUGUGCGUAUCCAGGUAUUGCGAUUGUCACAGUUUGGCCAGGAAGACUUUGUAGCAUACUACCCAGAUGAUGCUGACAGUAACUGGUCCCAGAUCUCUUUAAUAGCAGAGGAUGAUAGACAUUAUAAUGUCCCUGUCCCAUGACCAUACUGGAUUACUGUCUAAUGGUAUUCAUACACAGCUUUAAAGAUUCCUACUAGUGGGGUAACAGAAAAAUAUUCCCAGAUUCCAUCACAGGACUAGAUCUGAGCGAAAUUCUGUCAUCACAGAAUCAUAUAUACAAAACCAAUGAUUUUAUCAAAUAGAAAAUUUCAUAAUGUUUAACUAUUGUAGCAACAUAAGACGAUUGUAGAGAUUUCUAUAUGAGGUUCAUUGUUUUCAGUCAGAUCUCAGUUAAAAUCUUUACUAAAAAUACAGAUAAGAUUUAUCUACAUGUUUUAAAAAUGUCAACCAAGCAUUUAUAUUAAAAGUACUGCCAGUGUUAUAUAUACAAUAAAACAUAUGGGAAAUUGUAUUUAGUGCACAUGGAAAGCAGUGAUGUUCCCCUUAGUUACUCAUUGAUAAUAUGUUUACAAUAUUAUUUAUUUAAUUUGUGCAAUAUAGUAGGUUGCUAAUCAACAGCAUUGCCAAUGUGUUCAGGUGAAGGUUGUUAGUCAAGCUUGCUGUCAGUAAUGUAUUCAUGAAUCUUGGUCAGUUUUUAAUACAUUUUUUCAACAAUUAUAAGAAUCACUUAACACACAUAAAAUAAAUUUGUUGUUAAAUGAAAAAAAUAUUUAUUCAGCUGUAUAAGUAAAUUUACACACAAAAUUUUAUUUAUUGGAGUUAGUUGAGUGAUUGCAAGGACAUUAAUAAAAGGUAUGAUUGAGGAAAGAUAAAUCAAACUGUGGUAUACUAUAACUAAAGUAGUCUUGUAUUGAAAGUGUGAGUGUUAUAUACAUUGUGUUGAAUUAGAAUAGCAUAGUUUGUCUUCAGAAAUCAUUAUCUUUAAAAAGACGAAAAUGUUCAAGUGAAUUAGUUAAUAUACAUUUUAAGUUAAGUUAUACUUAUUACACAUGUGGAUUAUAUGUUUAUUAUUACAACAUGAAAGUUUUAUGAAGUAAAACAACAACAAAAACAGAAUACUAAUUUCAUAUCUUUUGCAUAGUAAAAAAAUAAAAUUUCAGUUUUGAUUUGACCCUAGUCUUUGAUGUGUAACCUUAAAGUAAGAACAUGUAAUGAUUCUUAUUGUUGAAGGCAAACAAAUGCAGAAUAUUGUCUUGGUACCACUUUGUAUUCUGUAGAAAUAUUCUUUAUCUUUCCAACUUUUCGAACUUUCGUUUUCUUACCUUUGUAACAGAAAGGUUGUGUUUUUGGUUCAGAACUAUUUAUGCAUGAGUAGUUGGUAUUCUUCACGGAUAUGUUCCUGUUUUAUUCUACAUCAUUCCAGUAAUCUAAUCUAUUUUCCUUUAUAGACUUACCUCACACAGUAUAUACAUAUCUGUAAUUCUCACAUAAAUUUGCUUAAUUUUAAUUUUGACCAGCUUUUCCCACAAUGCAGCAGUUUUGUCACAGCACAAUCCCAGCUUUAUCACAACAGAGAAAUAAUGAAUUUACUUUAGCCUGGAUUUGUAUCCUCCUUAGUCCUCAUUCUGUCUCUGCCUUUACCUAAUGCUGUUAAUUGAUAGAUGUAUUAUGUACUUUAAAGAUAAUGUUAUCAGCUAAAAGGUGAUUAUUAAAAGGAUCAUUUUGGUGCAUAGUAUGGUAUUUUUUCAUAAAUAUGUUUUUACAUUGUAAUAUACAAUUUAAUUACAUUUGGUCAGUAAGACUUAUUCAAUGAAAUAUUUAAUACGAUCAGGAUACAGUAAAUUUCCUCAUAAAUUUUGAAAAGCAACGUAUAAAAUUCAAGAGUAGUGCAAGUUUUUGUAGAUUUGCAUAUUAUGUAACAGCACUUAAAGAAAUUUUAGUAAAGUUUACGAUCUAUAUAUAUGUAAGUGACCAAUUUUCAAAUACAACAACUGUACUCAACAUAAAAACAAAUUACAGUUUGCAGAGAAUGAAUAUAAUUUUCUAACCUGCAGCUAAAUGUUUGGUCUUGAGACCUCCAGAAUUUCAUUGUUACUUUUAGCUUAUUGAUUAGAAACUGAACUGUGAUAUAUGCACAAAAUGGGUAAACUAUUUAUUCUCAACUGGUCCUUAAAUGUAUACAUAAAUUAUGAUAUUUUGUAGGAAAUUAAUGUUUUGGAAUUGACAUUAGUCCAAAAGUAGAACUUAAAUGAGUAUGUAGUUAAAUAAUCUACAAGAUGAUACAACAUUAAUACAUUGUGUUACACAAUGAUACAACAUAAAUACAUUGUGUUAACAUUGUUAUGGUUGUUUAUACAUUGUUACUUAGGAAACAUGGUGGCUGCAAACCAUUUUAUAGCUCAUCAUGUUUUAUAAUAAAAGUUGAAAAUUGA